ACUGGAGACAAUAAUUGGCUUCUGUCGCCUCCUUGUGGUUAUUAGAAAGAAUGCAGCCUCACGCUGCAAUUAAGAUGCCUUCGACCUACCACGGGUUUCUUUUCAGGCGUUAAGUCAACUUUGACUUUACUCAAUAUUAAUGUGGAUAUAAAUUAAUUAAACUUAAACUUGGAGUAUGUCAGGAUUUGCGUGUAUUUCCACUGUCCACCACAUGAAGGCAGUGUGGCGCCUGGCCGACUCGUUCGCAUCUAGCUCUUGGCAACAAUGUAGUUGUUGUCAAACGUUGCUAAGGAAGUCGCCGGGCUACUUUACGCAAACCAUUCUUAGGGUCAAAACGACGGUAAAGUGGGUGUAAAUUUACAAUAAUAUAACAUUAGUGACACUAAGGAUAUAUGGGAAGUCUAAAUAAUUCACAGUGGCUUCCACAGUGUAAUGUUCUCCAAACGUUAGCUUAGCUAGCCCCGGCAGUGCUAACGCAGCAGGGUUGCUCCCUUUUUAGUUUGUUUAGUUACUAGCAGAUUUAUUUUAUUAUGAUAGGUCAUUCGUUUCUGUUGAGGCGAUGAAACAAGUGGAGUUUGCGAUAAAUGUAGCUAAAGGUCGCACCGGCGCCGAUUUAGCUGUUCGCUAGUCCGAGCAUGUAGCUUAGCUUGUGGCUAACCUCCAACAACAACAGACAUGACAGAGAAUGGAGUGGACAGCAGUCCGCCCUGUGACAGCUCAGAAACAGUUGUCGGUGACAGCAGGACGCCCAAGACCACAAGCAAGCUCUGCAAAGACUUCAACAACACUCUCAAACUGCAACAGGCUACAAGGAAUGCUGCAGGGGACAGUCCUUACCAGCCUCGACCGCCCUCACUGCCCAGAACAUGGAAGGGCAGGAAGGUGGGCAUGCCAGAGGAGACUGUCCGAGCCAGGAGGCUAAGAUCCAGCCAGGAGAGCCUGAGCGACCCGGUGGGCUCGUCCACAGACUCCCUUAAGGAGGACCAAACCGUUUCACCCACAGGCGGGUUGGCUCUGAGUCCUGCAUCCCCACUCAAGAGUGACCCCAUCGUGGGCUCUUCUGCCGCAUCAGGACCCGCCGUCUAUCGAAAGAGAGGGGGCAGCCUCUCCGAGUAUGAGCACAGACCGACCAGCCAGGAGCAGCACGACUCCCCAGAGCUCCGGGUGAGGUCUGCCCGGGUGCGCCUGUCCCCGCUGCAGCCCACCGGGCCGCUUCCGCCCCUCCAGCAGAAUUUGGUGUCCACGGCCCUGAGGGCAGCUAAUAGGAUUGACAAGGAUCUUUUGGAUUAUGGGGUGAGGAGCGGGCAGAGGCUCAAUCGAAACCUGAGCGAGAGCCGGCUUCUGGACGACGCCCUGUUGGAUAGUGUGUCCGUCAACUCCAUGAGGUCCACCAGCAGCGUGCUGAGCCCCAUCAAGCCUCAGGAUGUGAGGAACAGGAGUUUCCUGGAGGGAGGCGGCCUGGGGAGCGGCGCCCUACUGGGGGUGGAGGAGCUCACACGCUACUUUCCCGACAGGAGGCUGGGGCUCUACAUCGUCACCUGGAACAUGCAGGGGGAGAAGGGCUUGCCAUCCAACUUGGACGACCUCCUCCUUCCGGCUGACUCUGAAUUUGCACAAGACUUUUACAUCAUCGGGGUGCAGGAAGGUUGUCCCGACAGGAGGGAGUGGGACACACGCCUGCAGGAGACGCUAGGGCCGCACUACGUCAUGCUGUACGCGGCGUCACACGGCGUCCUGUACCUCACUGCGUUCAUCAGAAGAGACCUCAUCUGGUUCUGUUCGGAGGUGGAACACGCCACGGUCACAACCAGGAUCAUCUCACAGAUCAAGACGAAAGGGGCUGUGGGCAUCGCUUUGACCUUUUUUGGCACUUCCUUCCUCUUCAUCACAUCCCACUUUACCUCUGGAGAUGCCAAAGUGUAUGAGAGGAUUUUGGACUACAACAAAAUCGUGGAAGCUUUAGCGCUCCCUAAAGGACUACCUGAUACCAACCCGUAUCGCUCAACCUCAUCUGAUGUCACCACGAGGUUCGAUCAGGUCUUCUGGUUCGGAGAUUUCAACUUCCGGCUGGGUCACGACCGGGCCGGCGUGGAGAGCAUCAUCGAGCACACAGCGGGGGGAGACAUGGCCGCACUGCUGGUGCACGACCAGCUCUCCAAGGAAAUGAAAGACGGCUCCAUCUUCAAGGGCUUUCAAGAGGCCCGCAUCCACUUCCUGCCGACGUACAAGUUCGACAUCGGCAGCGACAUCUACGACACCACCGCCAAGCAGAGGAUACCUUCGUACACGGACCGGAUUUUGUUCCGGACCAGGUACGUCGACGACAUCCACGUGCUCAAGUACACCAGCUGCUCCAACAUCAAGACCUCGGACCACCGGCCUGUUGUCGGCGUCUUCCACGUCAAACUGAAGGCAGGCAGAGACACGAUUCCUCUGGGAGCGGGCCAGUUUGACCGCGUCUUGUACUUGGAGGGCAUCAAGAGGCGGAGCACCAGGGAGCUGAAGAUGAGGGAGGCGAUGAAGAACCAAAGCAGCGUGUGCGCCAUCUCUUGAAACAUUUCCAAAAUGCCUUCUGAGAGAAGAGCGAGCGACGAGCUCCCUCUGCAAGACGUGCAUGAGCAUGACUCACCCUUGGUUGAAACGGGUGAAAGCAGAGUGGGCGUGGCUGCACGUGAGGGCAGGAACCUUGACACAGCAGUCAGUGCCGCUCCAAACACAACAGAGCAGCAACUAAGUUUUAAUGUGUGUUUUUAUGGUCAUACUGCUACAUCAGUGUUAAAAUGCCUUGUAACUUUUGUAGUCAAGUCAUGAGGCGCUGCUACUUUAAUGUCACACUUGAUGGUAUAUUUUACUACAUUCAUGAUGCCUUACAUGCCUCAUAAUACGUGUAGCUUUGGAUGCCAUUAAUCCAUGUAAUGAACCACCAUGCAAUGAUCUGGCAUUCCCUGUAAAAAGACAAAAAGUGCCUGUUUGCAUUUCCUCAGGAUCGCUUUAUCCGCAUCUUUUUCUACAGAUAAACAAUAAUAAAAAAAACUUUCUUUUUUAAAUGU